AUACAAGCUAAUCAUGGCCUCCUUCGUUUGGUUGCGUUCUGCGCUGGUGCUACUGGGAUUCGCUAUUGCUGUCGAGUGUGCACCAUUCAUCAAUUUUCCCAAUGCUGAUGGCAAUGAUAUUGAACUCGAAGAGAUGCUCGACUAUUUGCUUUUGGAGAAUAAAAUUAAAAUACUAAACGAAAAAGAAAGUUUCCAUAGUGAUGGUGGCACGACUGAAGAUGCUGAGACCGAAGGGUGGAAUAGGGUUUUGGCGACUGGUUUUAGACAGGAACUCGCUGAUCAGGACUUGGUUGACACAAGUAAUUUUGGGGCUAAUUCUAGAGACAACUUUGGAGUUGAAGUUGAAACCAAUGUGAUGGAUCCAGAAAAUACGGUCGAUCAAUUUAAAACUUCAAAGUCAGCAAUGGAACCAAAGGACUUGGAAAACAAAUCUAAAGGUCCGGCUUCCACAUUCAAUGUUUCAAAGUCUGUCACGGUUCACGUGAUUUCGACUGAGACAGGUAAAGCACUAAACAAGAGUCCAGCAUCAGACGUAGUCUCAGAGGAACAUCCUAAGAAAGAUUGUAGUAGUUUCUCAGACUUCAUAGAGUCUAAACUGGCAAAGAGUGGAGACCCGAAAAAUCAAGCAACAGAGGAUGGUAAAGACAUCACGUCGACAGGCGGAGAGGUCACAGCUGAGAAGAAACUCGUGUCACAAGCAUUAGUACAGAAAAUAGAUCGGGAAGAAAGCAGGGACGUCGAGCAUCCAACGAACGGCCUGGAAGAACUAUCCAAUUCCAAAAUGAGAAACACUCACGGUAUCAAAUUGCAGUUCGAGGGCAAAAACGAGGUAGCGUUAACAGCAAAAGAAAUCAAUUACGAUUCCCUCGUCACUCACAGCAACGAUACAAAUGAUGACAUAGAGGAGGAACAAGAUCUCGAUAAGGUGGUUACACAGGAAAGGGUAAUGUUGUCAAAACAACUUCAGGGUCUAGCUAGGUCAACUAACGAUUUCGAGAACCAUGAACAAGACGCCCUUAAAGCCCUCCAUCGAGACGGACUUAAGGAUUUUGAUAUUGAACACAAUGAUUUUGAAACGGUUCAUACUCUCACACGCUUGACACCGAUUAGCAAACUAGCCGAAACAAAGCAAAUGUUGACAAAAAACGAAGCUUUGGAAAAGGCAGGAAAAGAAAGAAACACCAUGGAGGACGUAGGAGCAGCCAAGACCGAAUGUGUGGAGCAGGGUAUGGGUGCAGAGAAACCCUCUCAGAGUACUGAACAGACAAUUUUGCAAGAUGAUUCCACUGAGAAUCGAGACCGUGAACUAGGCACAACAGAUAAACUACCACAAGACAUCAGAGAUGACGAGACUGGAGUCAAAUCAGUGGUAGGAAAAAGAUAUGUUAAGCAAGUAAAUUGCGUUGAAAAAACUUCUAAGAGCCCCGAAGAAGUAAACUCCGAAGCAAAUGUUCCUACUGAUGGCCAAGACCGGAAGGUAGAAACGAUAGUCAGAGAAAUGGCAAAAGAUAUGACCAAUACAGAGACUAAUGACAACAUAGCAAGUGCCACAGAAGUAGGCAGACAAGGUUCAAAACCCAAUGUCAAGCAAGUAGAUAAAGGAGAGGAAGAGAAGGAUGUUCCUGUUUCGUCAGCAAGAGACCCUGGCCACCGAUCCGCCGACUCCAGUUUGAAGGUUGGAGGGCACACAGAAAAGAUAACAAACGAGGGGAAUGAGUCUUCAAACAAGAUUCGAGUACAAGCACAUUCUCAAGCAAGGGCUGACAUUAGUUUAGAAGAAGCUAAUAUAGAUGCAGACAAAGGUGUAAAUGAUCAUCAGAUAGUUUUUCAGCUCAUGCAAUUCCUAAAGCAGAUGAAUAAAGAAUUGAAACUGGGAGCAGGAAGUGAAGGCGUGUCCUCAAAAGCAAGGUAUGACGAAGGACCGGAGCAAAUGCACCCAAAUACAAUGGGUGGUCAUCCCCAUAUUAAGACUCAAGGUAGGACGGAUCAAGAAGCAAACGAUGACGACAGUGAUGACAAGGCAUAUCAAGGGAAAAUCAAGGAUGGUCAAGAAGAAAAAGAACAAGAUAUUAAGGGAGCGGAAGAAGUUCAAAGCAACAUGGUACAUCAAAAGGCAGACGAGAUCGAUAAAGCACCUAAUAUUUCCAACUACGUCAAAGUUAAUGAAGCAACUGACAAGAAGGUUGGCACAAAAACAACUGGAAUGGAAGAGGGACUCAAGUAUGACAUUGUUGAAGAGGCGUCUGAAAACAUUCAAGACACUAAUGGGAAUGCACCGAAUGCAAUAAAACAGGCUGUUCCUGCUUGCAUUACUCCAGGUGGUAGUGAACAUCCACAAGAUGUCUGCAACAAGUCCUCUGGCGACACCAAUACAACUGAAGCGAAUACUAUAGCAUCAGACACGGCUGCAAAUAAGCAAGAUGGCACGGAUUCCCUUGGCAUGUCUCAAGACGGUGCUCAGGAGAAAAGCAAGUUAAAGAAGGUUAACCACGUCAAAGUCCCGGUUACCAAAGCUAAACUUCAGAUAGGCCUAGACGAAAAAGAAAAAACCAAGAUGACAGACAGUGAACAUAAAUUUGGCGGGGUGAACAAAGACAGUCCUGACUCCGCAACCACCAAUGUUGACUCGACUUUAAAUGAAGUGGGACAUCAAGAUGAAGUAAAGUCUAUUCCCGGAGACAAUACAGGUGCUGCUGAAACAGACGCUGGAAAGGUGGGAGCUAAGCCUGAUGCUGGUUGGAAAAUUAUUAGCUCUGACGAUAAUGGAAUGAGCAACGACAGAAGUAGACAUGAGAUGUCUGGUUGGAAAUUAGAUGACACAGAGGGCGGCACUAAAGAUUCGGUGACAGAAGCCGUCCUUCAAAACGGAGACAUGCUUAGUAAAGAAAAUCAAGAACAUAACACAGCUAUCACAGCAGCAAAACCCGACGGAGUAGGGGCAGCAGAAGGCAAAGCAGGAGACAUAAAAUGUAGGGAUGGUCCACUGGAAGCCGCAGGCAGAGCAUCGGGUGACGGAACAUCCUUAAAGAAGGAAGUGAUGAACGAAAAAGAGGGAGCAGUCACAAGUCACCAAGGAUUGGCUUAUAACAACAAAGACAGCGCUGAACAGAUUCAAGGAAUCAGUCAGGUGAAGGAAAAGGAAGAUGGGGCAUUGAACAAGGAGGGCGCCGUCACUGAUGAUAAUCAUGCAAGUGCUGCUUAUGAAUUCGCACGGUGCGAUCUUCAAGCCAACUUCCCUUAUUCGGAUUCAGCUGUUAAAAACCACGUUGUCGGACUCCUGGUUUUUAAGCAGAAGAAAUCUGGGGGACCUAUGGAAAUAAAGGCCAGUUUAUACGGCUUAGACAGAGACGGACUCGUUGAUCAUACUGUAGACGUGCAUGAGUUUGGAGACCUAAGUAACGGAUGCAAGUCGACUGGGACAAGAUAUAGCGGUGCCACGUACUCACUUAGUGGUGUAAUGGGCAGUGCUCUGCGUGAUGAAACCAGUGAAGUACGGGCGGCUUGGUCUACUACGUCCGAAGGACUCGUUGGGGAGCACUCUAUUCUUGGCAGAGCUGUUGUGGUCCAUGCUGUGCCUCAUGACUCUGGUGAAAGGGAGGAAAGUCCAAAGCUGGCAUGUUGUAAUGUAGCAAGGUCAUCUGACGCCACUCCCUGGAUUUAGUCUUGCUCCUAGACAGUUAUCCGACCGCUCUCAGUAAAAAUCAGUAUAAAAUGAUGUAGUGAAAAAUUGUCUGCUUGGGACAAAAUACCCCCACCCGGAUGUAUAACCGGCAUGAUGGCCAUAUUUUUUUGAGGGGGGAGGGGUUGGAGAAACAGAAACAAAAAUAAGAUAUGGAGAAGAAACGACACAAUGAGUUUCAAUGCGCCGUUUGUUGUAAGUUAUGACGUUUUGCUGGCAAUGUAGUACAUUUUUGCAUGCGUGUAAUUGUUCUGAAUACUCCAGGGCCUUUCAAUUUGUGUUUCGCACAGUAGGAAAAUUAUGUUUUAAGCAGCAAACUCAACACGAGAGCCUCUUCGCCAACAAAAAUUCACGAUGGUGGUCGGCUAUUUUCAAAAUAAUUUCAAUACUUACUGAUUGGACUGUAGGAUGCAGAAAAUUAAGCAUCCCAUUUAUUUUAAGAUCUUAUAAUGAGUUUCUUAACUUCUCCAAAGAAUAACAUAGAUAGCAUGGGCUUAUGCUUUUUAAAAUACAUGUAAUAAUUAUUCUAACGGUGGUAUCUUUACACCCGAACCAGUCACUCUUGUAGAGAGUUUGGUGUACCUUAACUAAUUACUUUUGAAGAAAUUUUGGUUUUGAUCGUUUGUUUAUACUUUGUUGAAUGGUUCAAAACUGUAGAAAUAUUCAUCUAAUAUCUUGAUUUUAAUUGACAUUGACAUUUUUUCGUAAGUUAAUGCUUUUAUGUCUGAUGAAAGGCAACACCAAAUGUAAUUUAUUUAUCUAAGAGGUUAAUGUUAUUUCAGUGUCAUGAAAUUCUGUACACAUCCUAGUCAAAAACCUGACCAUGUAAUACAAUCUUUCAGUUAUGAUCUCUGCAUUGCAAGUUAUGUAACCAUUUGUGAAACUCAGUAUCUAUAACUGUUGGGCCACAGAAAGGAGAAUGUAUAGACCUAUAGAGUUACUCAUAUCGAUAUCCGCUUCGAAAAAAUCUACGAGGCCCAGAUAACCCAGUGUUUUGUGAACAACUGAGAAAUCAAUAAAAUAACACGAAAAUUGAUUUAA